AUGGGCCUUCUUUUAAGUCGAUUGUACGAUGCAUUGUCAUCAUUUUCUAAUGAAACACCAUCUCGUAUUCUAAUGCUGGGUCUUGAUGCAGCUGGGAAAACGACAAUUUUAUACAAGGUAAAACUGAAUGAAACUGUUCAAACAAUUCCAACUAUCGGAUUCAAUGUUGAAACAGUGACGCCUGCACCUGGUAUUACCUUUACAGUAUGGGAUAUAGGUGGACAAGAUAAAAUUCGUCCACUUUAUCGACAUUAUUUCGAUAAAACCGAAGGUCUUAUUUUCGUUGUUGAUUCAUCAGAUCGAGAUCGAUUCUUAGAAGCUCGUGAUGAAUUGUUCGGUAUUGUUAGUGAUGAACAUAUGUCUACAGUACCCGUUGUCAUCAUAGCUAACAAAGCUGAUUUACCAACGGCUGCUAAACCCAGUGAACUUAUAGAAAAACUUAAUCUUCAUUCGCUCUCAAGACGGCGAUGGUUUGUCCAAUCAGCCUGUGCUCUUAAUGGUGAUGGCAUUGUUGAAGCAAUGCAACAAUUAUCAAAAAUGAUAAAAGACAAUAAAAAAAUGAUUUCUAACUAA